AUGGAUCAACCCAAUGGUGGUGCAUCAGAUGGUUGUUCACUCCAUGAGACUCCUAUCCUGCUAAAGACAAAUGACUUCCCGAUUGAACUGAAGAAGGCCACGAUCUACAAAUACACAAUCAAGUUCUCUACCGAAAGCAUCUCCGCCGCGGACAAGAAGUUUCUCGCCAGCAGAUUCAUGGGGAAGCUUCAGAUCAAAUGCAAGACCAAGUGCUUCGUAUACGGCAGUCACUUUUCGGUGUUUUCUCCAAGUCCAGAAUCCGAGCUAGUUGAAAACGCCCUUCAGGCGGUCUUCUUUCAUGAGAAGGAGAGAGAACGGGAGGCUACUUAUCUACCAGAGUCCUUACGAAGCAUGAAAGCUCUCGGCAGGUUCCUAACUGAUGUUGUCGUUAGGCGCACGAAUCAGACUAUCAAAACUGCUACGAUAUCCCCCGUGGACGACGAUGGCCUGAGGAUUUGCACUGUCUACGCAGACAUGGUCAAAAUUGAUUUAGAAUCUUUCCAAAGCAGACUCGAGGUCUCAGAAGCGGAUGAGCUUAUCCUUGGGAAACGUCGCGAAAUCUUGACCGCUCUCGAUGAAGUUUUUCUGCGCGAAGCUCAUGACACGAGCUCCGUUCAGGUAAACGGCCACAGGAUCUUUGACAUUGCUGGGGAGGCAAUCGCAGUUGGUAAAGGGGUUGAACUGCGAAGAGGCAUCGUCGCGGACACCUGCAUAGUCAAUAAGUCUGUGGUGCGGCGGGUCACGCCCUGCACGGGAUUCUUUCUCAGGAGCAUAAAUCUUGCCGAGCUUUUGCAAGCUUUUGGGCCCCUUACCGUGGACGAGGUCAGCCGGUUACUCAGAGGUAUCAGCAUCAAGAAGACCCACGGCAAGCAAGAAGUCAUGCAACUACUUGACGUGAUGGCUGGCAAUCCUGAUCAGGAAACAUUCUACUGGAAUAAUGGCAAGACCACGACAGUCUCCCACUAUAUGGAGAAAGUCUAUCGUUCAGCACCAAAGGUCAAGGAGUGCAAGGAGUAUGCAAAGCAGAACUGUGUCCUUGUUGGAUCGUCACGACAUCAGGAAGUCCUUCCAACAACCAUGUGCUCAGUUCUACCUGGUCAGUAUUUUUCUCUCCCAGCCGGAACUUAUUUUGGCACUGCUCAAAAUGGUUGGCCGGAGAAGUUGACAGAGCAUGCCCGCAAAUGUUUCUCCAGAAUGGACGGCGACUUCACAAAGCUGCUGAAGUGCUCAAUGAGUCCAACGACCGCCAAACAAUUCAACUUGAGUACUCCUGGCUUUGGCGAACAUUCUGCCUUCAGAGCUAAGCGUUCUGAUCUUGAGGAGCGCAGCGUGGAAGGCAAAUUGCUCACAAAGCACAUCGCGGUGAACAAAGAAAACUUGGAUCUCGAGCGACCUAUUCUUAUUCUUAUUUUUGCCUCAUCAGACCAUGAGAAUCUGAAAACUCGUUUCACCAAAGCCUUUACCGAGCACGCUACGUUCAAAAAAGGUAGUGUUGUUUCGGUCCAAACUAUUCACCUGUACGACGACAGCACUGCUAGCCAAUUUAUCUCGAAUGCCCGAAAAGAAUUGGCUAACUUGAACCCUGACGCUGAUAACUUCAAACCGGCCAUCAUUGGCUUUUUCAGAAAGCCUCUGAGCCUAGGAAAGCUUGGAAUCGAUGAACAAGAGCGGCUCGAGUCAGAGGACCUUUGUCGCACUUACAAUGCUACUAAGCUCUUCUGCCACAGGAAGGGGUAUCACUUUGCAGGGACAUUCUUUCGCCACAUUGUCAAGUCAGGGGAUGACCGCAGAAUGAAAACGUUGUUGGUAAGCAGAUUGAAGACUCAGAGCGCAAGUGUAGCCGUCUCGAAGCCCGUACUUUCGAGCGUGGAUGGACCAUGCAAAACUCUUCUGCUGGGCAUCCAUGUAUCUCAGCUGCAUUCCUUCGCCUCACAAGACGGCGACUCGGAUGACAGUGCACCUCGAGCCUGUAAAGAAAAGCCAUGUUGCUGGUACAUCGUCAGCAUCACGGCGAAGUGGUCAGGAUCAGAUUCCUUCCACAAAGCACGCACAUUCUUGGUGAGGAGCUGCGAUCUGUCAACGGGAUCCUUUUCGGUCGCUCCUGCGUUCGAUUCAGUAAAGAAGGCUAUCCUCGAGCUUGUUGACGGCAAGUCUUUGACAGGAUCUAAAAUCAUCGUCCUCCGGGCUGGGGUGCCAGCAGAAAGACAAAUGCCAAAAGAAGACGCGCAACUGAGGGCUGCCGAAUCGAAGAGCGUGGCAGAAAAACAUGCUACGAAAGCAAAGCCCAUGCUAGAAUGCCUAUUCACUUCCCCUGGUGGGGAGAAAGGCCCCAAAUCUGAAGAUGGGAAGGAGCUGACUGACCCAGAGAGCCCAACCGCAAGGAACAAUCAGAAAAUAAUGGAUUCCAACAGAGGUAAACCCGCUGCGAACGUGUCCAAGCCCCUUGCACACCGCGGUCGUGGAGUUGGUGCAAAUGAGAUCAUGGAGAACGCAAUGAACUCCUGGAGCUCUAACCUUUCCGGCGAAGAAGGUUCGGCACCAACUGAAGGAUUGUCCAAUACCGAGCUGCUAUGUUUUAAAGAAUGGGCGAAGGCUGAAUAUGCUAGUCUUGCAUACGUGAUGGUAGGUACUAGUACUCCAGCGCGCCUCUUUGAGCCGAAUGGGAUGCCAUUGUGCGAGAGGAAAUAUUCCACCAUUUUGUCGAAGGAUUCUCAUUGUACAAACCUCAAAGCCGUGUCAACUGUUCUAGCAACACCGUCCGCUGAUUCCUGGAUGCUUCAGAAGGUACUCCCGGAGAAGGCUGGCCCAAGUACACCGCUUCCGCUCGAGAUCCUGUGGAUAGAUCAGGACAUCGUCAAUGACGGCUCCCUCCUCAGCUCACUCUCGCAGGCUUCGUGGGACUUUCCCGAGGGCACGUGGAGCUCCAAGAACUUGUCCUGUAUUUCCUUGGCUAAAAAGGCAAAUCGACAUGCAAGACGAGUCAUCCGUUUCGUCGACGGAGAGCCAGUCUUACCUGAGGUGAACGAGUAUCUCAAAGAUAGUCUCUACUUCAUCUGA